AUGUCAUUGUGUCCGCACCAUUUUCGGUCCCGCUUGACCGGGCUGUCGCUGCGGUGCCGGCGGCCUGGCCGCUGGUAUCGAGCGAGCCCGCCCAAGGCUGCAUGUCAAGUCCACGAUGUGGCCCCCGAUCUCGAGUCUAUGAUCAGAGAUCAUGCCCUGGACGAACCAAUACUCCCACCAUCUUCAGUGCUGCAACAUGACCCUGUCUCCGAUCUCCCCAAUCAUCCAACUCAACGUCGCCACGCGCGCAAUGCUUUACAAAGACUUUUAUCUGAGGAGGACGUGUCCAAGAUCGCCGAGGCUGAAGGCCUAUGCCGCGAUCCGUCCGUGGUUUCUUCUACUGCAUAUCGUCUUAACGGGGCGAUUAUAUCGAACAAUAGAAAGUUGGACCAGAAAUCGACACACCUGGCGAUUAAGAUGCGAUUGAACUGCAUAUACCAGCGACAGGUCACCCUCACCCAAUGGAAUUCCGCCUACCGCGAACUCUACAUAGCGAAAUAUUACCGGCGCGAUGUGGUCAAGGAUCUCCUGCCGCCCUUGGAGGAGGAUGGUCAAGAACUUCUGGAUAAACUCCGUGAAGGAACCUUCCGGGAGACAUGGGCCGCACUGCCUCGCGCUGAAAUGGCCACCCACUGGAAACGGCUCGCUUUAUGGCUACUGCAGAACGAACCGGAGCUCGCAUUGGAAUUUCUGCAAGCCACCACCGAGUGCCAGCCGAUGCCGGAUUUCCCCAUGGUUGCCGAUUGUUUUCUCUAUCUUGACAGAUUCUACUACGAACGGCUGAAAACUUGGCGUAAGGAUGAGCAGACCUACCGGUCCCUUCUUCAGUCCUGCCUCGACCCGAACCACUGGCCGAUUCUCUGCGUUCAGCAGAAGGGUGUGCGAUUAUAUAUCCGGCGGGCCAACCGCAAAGCCCUCAACGCGGCUUUCCAGUUAACAAAAGAAAGAUCCAUUCCUCUCACUCCAGAAACAGCCCUUGGCUUUAUGUUUCGAUAUACGGAGCUGGGCGACGUGGAUCGGGCGUUGGAGGCGUUCGAAUACGUUGCCACAAAAACAAAGCACACCAAGUUCAAGCUGAACUCCGUACCCGUCAUACGGCACUGCUGCAAACUUCUGACGCUGGAUACGGUUGUGGAUGGUGAAGGGGGCCGCAAUUUUCGAAUCUUGCCACGGCUCUUGGAGAUGGGGGUCGAGCCUGACCGGGAUAUGAUGAAUGUGGUCCUUGCCAAUGCCUUCAAGGCUGGAAAUCGCCAACUGGGGUCCGACAUGCUUCAGUUCAUGAAAGAUCACGGCCACAAAUUUGAUUCCUACACAUACCUGACUCUGCUCACUGAGGGAGUUGCACGUGGGGACCGGGCGCAUGUUGAGCUGCUCAUUCAUGAAAUUGAGAGCCGAGAAGACGCCAUCCGAGAGAACCCUUAUGUCGCAAGCAAGAUCCUUCAUGCCCACUACAUCUUCACAGCCAAGAAUAUGGAUGCUGAAUCCGAUCGCUCUCGAGUCUUUUACUCCAUGCUUGAGAUGUACAACCGCUUACACGACAUCACACCCUUGAAAGAUCUCCUCAUCAUCCCCUCUCACUAUCAGCCUCCAGCGGGAGGUGCCAACACCCCGCCCUCCCUGAUGGCUUUGUAUAUUAUGAUCGCGACUUAUUUCCGCUGCCAACGCCAUAUCUCGAAGGUACAUCAGAUCUACUUUCAAUUCCGCAAGCUCGUGGCAGAAGGCCACGAGGGUAUCGCCCCUCUCGCCGAAACUGAUCAUACUUAUAACGAAUUUCUCAUUGCUCUGCGGCGGCAUCGUGGCGCACUGCGCUCGUGCGUACGCCUCGUCGAAGAUAUGCUCAAUCCACCUCCUCCCUCGCCUACUGGCCGAGCCAUUGUGCAUGCCAGACCCAGCAUGCAAACCUGGACCAUCCUCCUGACCGCAUUCACUUUCAACCGACAACCUCACGCUGCAGAGAAGGUUAGGGAGAUGAUGGCCAAGUAUGGCGUCAAAGCCAAUGACGUGACCUGGAACACGAUCAUCAACGGCUAUGCGAAUGCCCAGCAAAUCCCGGAGACCACUCGUGCGAUCAAGGAGAUGGAGAGGCACGGAUUCGCGAUUGAUCAGUAUACCAUCAAGAGCCUGCGCUGGGUCCGUGACCCGGACAGUCUUUGGGAUGCGAUGGACGCCAUGGAUGAAACUGCCGCGUCUGCACAACCGUCUGAAUCUACUGAAGUCAACGAGGGACUGGACGACGACCUGCUUAUCAACAGCGGUCUGAAGCGGUUGGAGGCAAAGGAAAAGCUGACGCCGAAGAUAUGA